AGAGAACAUUUCAAUAAGAGAACUCUGUCACGAUGAGAUGUCGGAUUUUCCUUCUUCUCAUUUUAACGACAUUCAUCCAUUGUUUUGGAAAUGACGGAUUAAUCAGUCGCUGCCUGUUUAAACGCAGGGAACACAUUUACUUCAGUUGUCCGAAAGGUCAUGUGAUCUAUCGUCCAAUGAUAUUUCUUGGUAAAGGCAACCAAUCAACUUGCAGCUAUGAAGAUGGGGACUGCAUCGGCCAAUCCCUGAGUGUGUUGAAGCAAAACAACAAAUGCUAUUGGAGAGAAUCUUGUUCUGUUGGUUGGAGAAAUGGGCAGGUAAUCCUUAAAACAGACGACAGAAGAUGUACUGGAGAGACGGCGAACUAUGUGGCCUACUCAAAUCCCCUGUGUAUUAAAGAAGAGCACCUGUUUAGUAUUUGUGACGCAAGCGAAAAGGAAAUUGACGUCAUAGAGGGCGUAAUAAGAAGUCACGCAGAAUAUCCGUGGUCGUAUGGGUCUGCAAAGCAGAAAUGCACCAAAUAUAUUGCUGUGAAUCAAGGUUACACAUUGAAAUUAAUGAUAGAUGAUGUUGAAACCCAAGACGGAGACUCUCUUGUCAUACGAGACAUAGCUAAUGACGUAACGUAUAACGUCACUACAGCCUUGAGUAAAACCCUGACUAUUAUUAGCGGAUUGGUUGAAAUAAAUUUCAUUACGUCACCUGGGGUGAAAAUAGGUCGUGGUUUUGUGAUCAGAUUUCAAAAGGAAAGAAUUAGACUAUCAACAGAUAUUGUUAACAGAACAUACUCAGAUACUCCCCAAGUUUUUGCCAGUAUUGAAGAAUGUAUUAACAGCAAAACCGACCGCAUUCGAUUGACCUGUCCAUUAAAUCACGUCAUAUACAAACCGGAAGUUUCCGUGGGUGCCAGUAACAACAACCUGUGUUACCAUAGAGACGGUGACUGCACAGGACUGAUUCACACCUUACUUGCUCAGAGAAAUGGCUGCUAUUGGUUAAAUUCUUGUAACCUGUCAUGGCAAGAGGGAAUUCCAAUAACCAUGACAUCAGUAGAAAGAUGUUUUAUUUUGAUGCCGAGUUAUACCAUGAUGAGCUACUUUCAGUGUGUUCCAAAGGGUUACGUGUACAACAUAUGUGACGACAACCAUUGGGAAAUCAAAGAAACUAAUGGUCUUAUUAAAAGUCACGACAGCUUUCCUUGGAAUUACCCAGCAGUCACUAAAACUUGCAGGAAACGGUUACGUGUCAAUAAGAAAUAUGGUGUACGCAUUUUCGCUGAUGACUUUGACCUUGACCUUGACACUUCAAAAGAAAGGGUUAAUAUAUGGUACGUUUCACCCAAUGGACAUCGAGUAAAGAGAAAGAAACUUCGUGGAAACGACACAAUAGAUUUCAUAACUCUAGACGGCUGUAUUGAUAUAGAAUUUAAAACAUCGGAACAUUCAAAAACUGGACGUGGUUUUGUUUUUAAAUUUGAACUUGCUGUAACCAAUCAAACUGAGAAUGAUGUCAUCGUGGAUGAAGUUGGAACGUGUGGUGGGAAAUCUACAUAUUUCCCCAAAAGACCAAAGAGGAAUGAACGUAAACAUAAAGUAAAGAAAGGUAAAUAG